AAUUGGGCAACUUGUUUACAUGUGCCAUCCCAUCCCGUUCCGUCAGUCACGUGGUCUGCUAGCGUGCUCAGUCAGCUUCUAAACAAACAUGGCGAAGGUAGAGCUGAAAUCGAGGGAUUUUUUCUUCGAUCAAUUAGACCAUGUAUUUCCAAUAGUUAGAGGAAAGGUUAAAGAGGAAUGUACGGAGGAAGAAUUUAUGAAUUUAGUAGAAGUUAUACAAUUCUUCAAGUCGACAUACUAUGUCAUAGAGAUCGUGAUUCAUAACAUAGAACAGUACAUUCGUUGUUACGUGGCCCCGGCAUUCUGGAAGAACUUCGAGUACACAGAAGAUGGCCAACGGGGCUUUGAAUUGUUCAAGUCUGCUGUCGAUGAUCUGUACGAGCAUCUCAUGGAAUUUCUGCCGGUUCUAAAGAAGCUAGAAUACUUAAGGCAGAACAAAGGCGCGGAAUGUUCUCUACCAAGCGGCAAGGACGAUAUAGAUAUAGAGGCACGAUUCAGGCUUAUCGUGAGAGCGACAUUACUGAGCCAGUUACCUCUGUGCCACGAAUGUAUCAUAGGACACUUUUAUAAAAUCGCGUUCAACAUAUUUUGCAUUUUGGACAACUCGUCGCAAGCGGACAUGUCAGCCAGCGAGAUCCAAUGCACAAGAUGUGCCCAGGAAGUGGAGAACUGCCGGUGCCAGAUGAUAGUUUACAUGUUUCACGAGACAAACAGAAAAUUAAUCGAGCUGGAGUUAUUGGAGAGACUUGUAGGAAACGUACUCACGUCGCUGAUCCAUAUUCGUAUUGAGAAUCACGUAAUUCAAAAAUGCGAUAAGACGUUUGAUGUGUCACAGUUGGCCUCAUUAGAAAAUUGGCUCGAGACUGUCGUCAUGAAGUGGCUGAUAAGAGUUUACUCCGGUGGUUUCUCGAACACGGAAGUACUUGGCGACGAAAUUCGCGACGCCAUAAACAAGUUUAAGCAGAAGUUAUCUCAUUAUCUGUACGAAACGUACACCAACAUAAGAAUCGAUCAUCUCUUUAACAUAAUAAUAGAAUAUCCCGAGUCGCAACCCGCGGUGGACGAUCUCCGAAUUUGUUUAGAAAGAACCGAUAAGCGGAAGGUCCUGGUUAAAAAUCUGCAGGAAGCGAUCAAAACGAGGCUUCUGCAUGCCGGUGUGAAUACCCCGGAUAUAGUGACCGCUUAUAUUGCCGCGAUUAAAGCGCUCAAACACCUCGAUCCAACUGGAGUUCUUCUAGAAACUGUUACGGAGCCCAUUAAAUGCUACUUGAGGAGCAGAGAAGACACCGUACGUUCCGUCGUUAAUAGCCUGCUCGAUGAUUCACCCAGCGAGUUAGCUGAUGAAUUGGUGAGGGGCGAGUGCCUGCAGCUGGACGACGGUUCGGCGGACGAUGAGUCUGAAGAUUGGGAGAAAUGGUUGCCGGAUCCGGUCGACGCUGAUCCCGCUAAGUCGACACAGCGUAAAGUGUCUGACAUAAUCUCUACGCUGGUGAACGUUUACGGCAGCCAGGAUUUAUUCGUCAACGAGUAUCGCACGUUGCUGGCGGAUAGACUACUCUCGCAACUCAACUAUCAUACCGAACGCGAGAUACGUCACUUGGAGUUGUUGAAAAGACGAUUCGGAGAGAAUCAGCUGCAUUACUGCGAAGUCAUGCUGAAGGACGUUUACGAUUCGAAGAGGAUAGACGGUAACAUCCACUCUGACACCAGUUACAACUUGCAAAGGGAACUUUUUCCCACUUCCGCGCUUAUACUAUCGGCGCAGUUCUGGCCGCCGUUUAAAGAAGACUGGAAAUUGAAACUGCCGAGUAUCGUGCAGAAUCAAUUGAACAAAUACGUAAAGGCGUUCGAGGCUUUGAAGGGAAACAGAACGCUCUGCUGGAAGCCUCACUUGGGAAAUGUGAGCCUGGAAAUCGAAUUGAAGGACAGAAAGCUGGAUAUAAACGUCACGCCGGUGCACGCGACGAUUAUCUUGCACUUCCAGGAUAAAAAUGAGUGGACUUUGCAAGAUCUGGCGGAGGUGAUGCACGCACCGGCGACUGUUCUGCGACGCAAGAUGUCAUUCUGGGUGUCGCAAGGCCUUCUGAAGGAGACAUCUAGUGACGUGUUCAUUCUGCAAGAGGAGAGUACGUCCAAGAGUCGUUUAUCGACCGACAUUGUCGACGACGAAGAGGCUGAAAGCGCAAUGGCUUCAGCCAGCGAUCAGAGAGAGGAGGAACUACAGGUAUUCUGGUCGUACAUUGUUGGGAUGUUGACGAAUCUAGAUUCAUUGCCAAUAGAAAGGAUUCAUCAGAUGUUGAAAAUGUUCGCGUCGCAAGGACCGGGUGCCGUGGAAUGCGGUUUGCCGGAACUAAGGCAGUUUUUGGACAGAAAAGUCAGGGAACAUCAGCUGUUGCUCUCCGGUAGUCUCUAUCGAUUACCGAAGUCAUAAAGGGAUAAAGGGAUCCUCUAUCUCAUAUCGGGUGUAUUUAUUGUAACGAUAAGAAAAUAAUUUUUAAUAUUAUAUUAAGUGAUAACAAAAAUUUAUCUUUUUUUUUUAAAUUAAGUAUUUAAGAAAUAAAAAACUCUUGAGUAUUUGAAAUUUUGGCACAUGAUUCUGAAUUUUAAAGUUACUUCGAAAAAAGAGUCGUUAUAUAAAAAGUUAUUAAUAAUUUUCGCGUUAUUUCCCGUUAAUAAAUGGGUAUUAUUGGUAAUAAAAGAAAACAGUCCCGUAUCUGAUGAUGAACAUGAAAUUUCGAAAACGGAUCCAACAAUUUCUUUCAAAAAUUUUUCACAUGUUAUUAAAAAUAAUAUUUAAAAUGUGAAAACAAAUGUGGAAAAUCG